AUGUCGACUACAGAAGCACAAGCACAAGUAUUCCGCAUUAGAGAGGACACAAUACUAUCCCAUAAAAGAUUUGUUGUUAAGCAUGUCUUACAAAUAAUUCGACAAGAUGAGUUGAUACAGGGACCCUUGAAUGAUUACCCUAUGAAAUAUCUGAGGGCUCCACCAGAUUGCUUCGAUAUAACUACAAAUAAUGACACACUAUUGUUGGAGUACCCACAGAAACAGAAAGAUAGUAAUGGAGAGAGGAAGAUCGAUUCAAGCGGUAAAUUGCAAAAUGGUCAAAAAUAUUUAUUUAGUACUUUCACAUUACCUGGUCGAGGUUCGACUUUGUUUGUAUUGGUACAGGAUUUGUUGAAGGCAAUAAAUUAUCAAACUUCGGAUGAAGAUCAUUUUCUUGCAAACCAUCCUCAGUUUCUAGCUAUCAAGUGCAAUGAUAGCGACAAUAAAUUCCUCAAAGAGCAGUUACAUAUUUCAGGCGAGGCUAGAUUCGUAGCGGCAAGAACUGCAUUCAUAAUGUUUGGAGCGCUGGUUGUUGCAUCGGGAACUAGGUUAAUUGACGACUAUUGGGAAACUCUUGGCCCUAUGCAGGGGUUGACGACACAUCACAGAGUUUAUAAACUGUCAAACCAUCUGAUUAGCAAAGUCGAACUACUGAAGCCAUCAUACUUCCAUAAAGAGGAGAAAAGUAACAUAAGUACAAUGGAACGUACAAUUACGUUCGAAUCACCAUAUCCCACAAUAACUGAACAACCUUCCCUCGAGAUGAGAGAAGAGUUUGCAAAGCAAUUCGCACAGGGACAACAUAUAACGUCUUUAGUCCCUGGUCAGAGCAUUAGCGGAUCAUUAGAGUUAAAAGCACAGUUCAAACAACCAAGAUACCACAGUAAAAACUCAUUAUUACAAGCAGCUCAACUGAAAGCUUUGAAUAUGCCUAUUGGUAAACAUGAGGAACUAAUGAAUCAACCUAACACUAAUAUGCCCAAUAAUACCACGAUGAAUGCAGCUAUGGAUAACUCUAGCACAUCGCUUGCUUCCUUGGCAGGUUCUGUGGACACACCUAACAAUACUUAUGUUGGAGAUGCAGGAGAUUCCGUACCUAGCCCUGGAAUAGUUACAAAGCCUUUCAAAAGAAUGUUGAGUAAUAUUCUAGAUACAAGUGUUAGUAAGGUAAAGAAGACGGAAGAAAUGGAUGCUUUAACAAACGUGACUAGCGGCAGCUCUAAGACAGAUUCUUCAUUAAAUUUAAAUGGUUGGAAGUUUGAAUCCUUACCGCUAAAAGGAAGGGAUAAUCUCAGUAAUAAAAAUGAAUCAUUUUCUUUUAAAGGUUUGCCAUACUAUGAUGAGGCCAAAUUAUUGGAGAGGCUAAAAAAAUUGACGCCAAAAGAAAUAACCGAAUUAGAGCAUUUGCAUGAUUCUGUAUAUUUAGACUCUGGCCUACAAAAGAUGCGGAAAAUAAGGAAACAAAAAUGGAGUAAGUAUUGGCAAUAUAAAGCUGGUAUACCAAUAGGGUUGAAUUCCAAACAGGUGGAGGAAUUUAAGGGAAUCUAUCUCAGAGAACUUUUGGAACAGACAGAUGUGACUACAACGUAUAAUGAAGUAACUAAUACAGAUGAAACACAAACAAUCACCAGAUCCCCCAAUGCAAACUAUCUAGGAUUUACCAAUAUAAAAGGUUUUAGCGCACCGUAUGCACCGAUUCCAAUUGACAAACUGAGGGAAAUACAACAGCAAGCGCAAAAACAACAGAAGGCAAUUAACCAAAAGUGA